AUGAGAAUAAUCCUGUCAACUUGCUGCUUGACAGCCUUGAUUCUUGGAGUCACUGGCUUUACCAAUCCAACACCAACCAUCACUUUCACAUCAUCAGCAACUGAUUCUGCUUCUGCUUCCACCAACACGCAACUCGCAGCGUCCUAUGGGUAUGUCAAUGCACGACCCACUAAUAAUAGUAAUAAUGACAAUAAUAACGGAGGCAAUGCUCCUCGAAAACAGCUGAACCGCCGCAGACGCAAAAUGAACAAGGAUGUGGUCAUUGUGGGGGGUGGCUUGGCUGGUCUCUCUGCCGCGUUGUAUUUGAGCCAAAUUGAUCCCAAUCGACAAAUUACCAUUUUGGACAAGCACGAUUUGUUUGAUGGUGACGGCAAAACAUCUGUGGCUACCUUUGCGGCAGCCGGCAUGCUGGCGCCUCAAUCGGAACGUCUCCCCAAGGGUGACUAUUUGGAUUUGUGCCUGGCGUCCAAGAGCAUGUACCCGGAAUUUACCGAUCUGGUCGAGUGCAUGGCCCAAGAAGCGGGGGACGAAGGAGCGCCCUAUUUGAAUCACAAGGAUAAUGACAAAUUGGAACCAUGGAAUAUUGGAUAUGUGGCAUCCGGUGGAUUCUUGGCUCCUGCCUUUGCCGGAGAUACCGUUGCCACUUGGGCUCCGCCGUCGGACAGCAAGGGCAACGCCAUGUGGUUGGACGACAACCAAGUACGAGAAUUGGAACCAAACCUUCACCCCGAAGUCAUUGGUGGAUGGUGGUUCCCCGAAGAUGCCAGUGUGGAUGCCCGACGAUUGGCAGCAAGUUUGCGGGCCGCUUGUGUGGGAGCCGGAGUGCAAUUGAUGGCGGGAAAGAAUUACGAAGUAUCCUCCUUGGAUUUGGAAAACGGAAAUUGCAAUGGGUUGUGGCUCAAGAACGGCAAAUACAUUCAAACCAAUACUUGUCUCGUGGCCAAUGGUGCUUGGAUGCGACAGCUGCUUCCAGUGCCCAUGGAACCACACAAGGGCCAAAGUCUUUCGCUACGCAUGCCAGCGGACCGUCCUCCCAUUCUCAGAAGAGUACUCUUUGCAUCUGAUUCGUACAUUGUCCCCAAGGCAGAUGGUCGCAUCAUUAUUGGAGCGACCGUGGAAGCUGGAAGUUACGAUCCCAAUGUGACUCCUGCCGGGCUCAUGCACAUUUUGUCGUAUGCCUUGCAAUUGGUACCGGCAUUGGCCGAUUUGCCACUGGAAGAAACUUGGGCGGGAUUGCGCCCUACUACACCCGACAAGGGUCCCAUUCUAGGCAAGACACCCUGGGAGGGACUCUAUUUGGCCGGAGGCUACUGGAGAAAUGGAGUCUUGUUGGCUCCCAAGACGGGAGAACUCCUGGCCAUGCUCAUUGCGGGAGAGGAAUUGUCACAAGAAGAUGAAAAGUUCUUGGAGGCCUUUGCGUGGGACCGAUUCACAUCCAAGGAUGGUGGAGCGGAAAUGGCAGCCAAUGCACGAUAUGCUGCCUCCAUGUAUCCUGUUCAUUCUCGCAAGAGCGGUGCGGGAGUUGCGGCAUCGGUAGGAACCGAAUUGGGAUCGUACUCCACAGCUGUCUCGGCUGGAGAAGAACGCCGAAAGGAUCGCGAAGCCCUGUUUGGAGGAGAUGAUGGUAUCGAAGCCUUGGAAAAGGCAGCUGCAGCUGGAAAGAAGGACGGCGCGGUCUUUUCCUUUGGUGGAGGAGAGUACAAGCCGCCAACCGCCACUCCAGCGGUGGAGGUGGAAGAAGUGCAGGAAGAUACUUCUAAAGUGGAAGCUAAAGCACCAAAAAGUGUCAACGGUGCAUCAGGUAUCAUGGCUUCUGCAGAGAAAAAAGAAGGACGGCGAAAGGAUCGCGAAGCAAUCUUUGGAGGAGAUGAUGGUAUGGAAGCCAUGGAAAAGGCCGCUGCAGCUGGAAAGGCGGAAGGCUCGGACUUGUCCUUUGGCGGAGGAGAAGCACCAAUGGAUGUCAACGGUUCAACAAGUACUACGGCACCUGAGACCCCUUCUUCGGAAGACGACCAUGAAGCAGAAGUAGACGAGGCGCCAGCCGAAGAUUUGCAGUCCAUCUAUCAAAAAAUUAGAGAAAACAAGUCCAAACAAACACAUGUGCGCAACGAUCCCGUGCCUGAUGAUCGUCCCGAUCCCGGAUUCAGAAUCUUUCAUGUUGCCGAAGAUGGAACGGAACGGGAAGUCCCACCCUACACCUCUCCCGGAGAAUUCCAGGCCAUGAUUGAGAAGGAAAGUACCGCUCCUACUCAAGAAUCCACAACUAGUAUUGAAGAGGAAGUUGCUUCGGCUGCUGAGCCGACUGUACCAACCGCUUCCGCAGAAGCGGCUUCCACAGGAGGUUUCUUGAAUUCGAUGGAAGGUGCCAAUGAUUUUGGAAUUCAUGCAGCGAAGGUUCCACGCCGCAAUGAAAAAGCACCAACGAAUGCCAAGAAAACCAAAGCUGUGUCUGAAUCAGCGUCUGAGGGAAGCUUCGAUGGCUACCAAACCAUUCUAGAGGCUGCAGCCAAUGAUGAUGACAUUCGAAAGACAAUGAGAGAAAACAGAAUGAAGAAUCGUAUGUUGGAAGAUGACAACACUGGUUACUUGUCCAAGGUGGAUAAAAUGAUGUCCGAAAGAGACACUCCAGCAAGUUCUUCUUCCACAGAAGAGGAGGAGAUACCAACCGAUCUGUCGGCUGUAUACCAGAAGAUCAGAGACCAAAAGGCAGCCGUCAAAUUUACGAUGAAUGACCCAACACCCGAUGAUCGUCCCGAUCCUGGAUUCAGAAUCUUUCAUGUUGCCGAAGAUGGAACGGAACGGGAAGUCCCGCCCUACACCUCUCCUGGAGAAUUCCAGGCCAUGAUCGAGAAGGAAGAGGCCACUGAAGAAUCCACGGACCCAACAGCCAACGGAGGUAACCAGCAAGAAGCAAAUGGCACAGAGUUCGUGUUACCACCAGAAACAGUCAGCGAGGAAGAAUCCGUAGAGUACGACGAAAAGACGUUGGAUGGGUACCAAACCAUACUUAGUGCGAACGGUAGCACCAAUCGAGAAGAUGAAAUGACGAAAAUGCGAGAAGCAAGGCGAAAGAAUCGACUCGGUAUCACUGACUAG